GUGGGCCUGCGGCGCGGCCCGUCAGGCACUGCGGUAGGCGCCCUGGAGGUCGGCAGGACCCCGACCCCAAGAUGGCGGCGCCCAGCGAAGUGGCUGCGGCUGCCUCCGGAGAAGGCGAUGGCGGGGGCAGCGGCUUUGGGUCGUGGCUGGACGGACGGUUGGAGGCGCUGGGAGUGGAUCGAGCCGUUUACGGUGCCUACAUCCUGGGUGUCCUGCAGGAGGAGGAGGAAGAGGAGAAGCUGGACGCUCUGCAGGGUAUCCUCUCUGCUUUCUUGGAAGAAGAUUCUCUUCUUAACAUCUGCAAGGAGAUUGUGGAACGAUGGUCGGAAAGUCAAAAUGUCGUCACCAAUGUGAAAAAAGAAGAUGAGGUACAGGCCAUUGCCACCCUAAUUGAGAAGCAGGCACAGAUUGUGGUGAAGCCCAGGAUGGUGUCCGAAGAGGAGAAGCAGAGAAAAGCCGCCCUCCUGGCCCAGUAUGCUGAUGUGACAGACGAAGAAGACGAAGCAGCUGAGAAGGAUGAUUCAUGUGCCACCACAAUGAACAUUGGUUCUGAUAAAUCUCUCUUCCGAAACACCAAUGUGGAAGAUGUCCUCAAUGCCCGAAAACUGGAGCGAGACUCGCUUCGGGAUGAGUCCCAAAGGAAGAAGGAACAGGACAAGUUGCAGAGGGAGAGAGACAAACUAGCCAAGCAGGAGCGCAAGGAAAAGGAAAAGAAAAGGACACAAAGAGGGGAGCGGAAGCGAUAACCUUGGUCCACUCUGUUCUUUCUCCUCAUGGACUUGAUCAAAGGGAGAAGUGAUUGUGCACAUGUGUAUUUAAGAGAAGUGAGAGAACAUUGCAGAGUGGUUUCCCAAGGCAUUUCCCUUUUGUUUACAUGGUCAAAAGGAAAAUCACAAACACUUCUAAUUACAAAAUGUGCCAUGUCUCUGUGGUGUGGGUAAUCAGAUUAUUGUGGUUGAUGUCUGUACCAAAGAUCUGGAAUGGGGGCAACUUUUAUAUUUUAAUACUGAGGUCCUGGCUCCUUUUGGCCACUUUAAAAGUCUUCCCUCACCUAGGAUAAAUAACAGAAAUAUUCAGAAAGCUGACAGUUACAGUUUUCAUCCUGAAGGAGCAGAAUCAUGACCACUCCUUUUCUGAGAUGAAAUGUGGGAGCAUAAAGUAUUUUGAAAGUAGUAUUUACCUCUUAAUGUAUUGUUUUAUGGAUGAAAUAGAAAGCUAAUGAAGAGCCUACCUGGAUCCAGAUAUUAUGUUAACAUGGCAACAAACUAUGAAAAUGGAAGA